AAAAGUAGUUUUGCCAUUUUUCAAAAUGACCCAUAAAAACGUUGCUAUAUCUCUUAUGACAAAGAGUGUGCAUCUACAUAUUCGACUUGUUUUUUGUUCGUAAAAUUGGAGAAAUUGAGGACACAACUCCAAUUCCUAGCAUGCUUUCUCCCUAAGACUAUGCUGGUCCUAGUCGGGGAGUGGCAUUUACAUCCCAGAAAGACACACAUGUAUCACCUCGUGUUGGCACUUCCAUUGCAAUGCACAACUCUGACAUAUAUAGUGCCGACAUUUCCUUCCUUAAGCUUGAAAAAAGUACUGUGUCAGGAACGUGUUGAUGUAAAAUCUUUCAGUUUUGAUGGAUCUUAUUACAAGCUUUCAACUCUUCUUAGCACGACUUCUGACAGAACAAAGAACCAGAAUCAAUUGUUUGAUGAUAUUAACAACAUGUAUGAUGAUCUUCGUGAUGAUUCUAGUCAUCACAAUCUGGACAAGAAUGAUGACCAUCAAAAUAACAAACAUGUGAUCAUCCAUGAGAAUCCAUUUGUUCAAGAGUCACAUCUUCAAGAAUCUACUGUAGAAACUCAACAGGAACAAAAAUGAACAACGCCUCAACAUCAAGAGUAGUCAGGCAGUGAUAUUAGCAUAUAUGGCAGAGAUGCACAUUUGAUAUUAACUAUAAGUAAUAUAGCAGAAAAUAUGGAAGGUCAUACUCAAACAGAAAAGGGAUUGCUAGAAAUGAUUGAAAAUCUUCCGUUGGUAAGCCAACCACUUCCACUUUGUGAGAUGCUACCAUUAACUACUGUCAACGGUCUUGCAUUAGUUUAAUUGGUAUGUGUGCCCUAAAGGGAUAAAAGCUCUUGGCAGUGAAAGAUUUUACAAAACCAUUCAUCAAUUUUAAUUUGAAAA